AUGAUCCACCGCACCGGGUCCUCGUCCCCCGACGCGGGUCAUGGCUUCAACGAGAAGCAUGGCGACUACGAUGCUGAGACCACGUACGUCCGCGGCAUCGAGACCUCGGCCGAGACUGCGCUCCACCGUGGUCUCAAGGCCCGCCACAUCACCAUGAUUGCCAUUGGUGGUGCUAUCGGAACCGGUCUCAUCAUCGGUACCGGCAAGGCCCUCGCCCAGGCCGGUCCCGGUUCCAUUCUCAUCUCUUACUCCAUCGUUGGUUUCAUGGUCUUCCUCGUCAUGGCUGCUCUCGGAGAGAUGGCUGCUUGGCUCCCCAUGUCUGCUGGUUUCACUGGUUACGCUUCCCGGUUCUGCGACCCUUCUCUCGGUUUCGCCCUUGGCUGGACUUACUGGUGUAAAUACAUUAUUGUCACGCCCAACCAGCUCACCGCCGCUGCUCUAGUCAUCCAAUUCUGGGUGCCGAGAAAUGUGGUCAAUCCUGGUGUCUUUAUCACGAUCUUCCUGAUCUUGAUCGUCACCAUCAACUACUUCGGCAUUCGCUUUUUUGGAGAAUUCGAGUUCUGGCUCUCCAGUUUCAAGGUCAUUGUCAUUGUCGGCGUCAUCCUGCUCUGCCUCUGCAUUGCUACCGGUGCUGCUGAUGGUGUUCCGAGAGGUUUCACCUACUGGAACGACCCUGGUGCAUUCGUCGCGUACCCCCCCGGAGUCGGCAGCGGUGCUUCUGGCAGAUUCGCCGGUCUCUGGUCGACCAUGGUCACCGCGACCUUCGCCUACCUCGGUACUGAGCUCGUCGGUGUCACUGUCGGAGAGGCUCAGAACCCUCGCAAGACUGUUCCCCGCGCCAUCAAGCUCACCUUCUACCGUAUCGUCUUCUUCUACGUCAUCAGCAUCUUCCUGCUCGGCAUGUGCGUCCCUUACAACUCGCCCAAGCUCGCCUUCGCCCUCAAGGCCACCACCGGUGCCAGCGCCUCGCCCUUUGUCGUCGCCUCGCAGCUUGCCAACAUUGCCUACCUCGACCACAUCCUGAACGCCUGCAUUCUGGUUUUCGUUUUCUCGGCCGCCAACUCUGAUCUGUACAUUGCUAGCCGUACCCUCUAUGGUCUUGCCUCUGACGGAUCCGCCCCAGCCAUCUUCCGCAAGACUGACAAGAAGGGUCUCCCCAUCUACGCGCUCGGCGCAUCCACUCUCUUUGCUCUGCUCGCCUACCUCAACGUGGCAGACGACUCAAAGGUGGUCUUUGGCUACUUUGUCAACCUCACCACCAUCUUCGGUAUUCUGUCCUGGAUCUCCAUCCUGGUCACCCACAUCUGGUUCGUACGUGGUCGCCGUGCUCAGGGUCUGGCCGACUCGGACAUGCCCUACACGGCCCCUCUGGGCAUCUGGGGCUCCUACGGCGCUCUGUUCAUGUGCGUCAUUGUCGCCCUGACCAAGAACUACGACGUCUUCUUUGACUUCAGCCUCAAGACGAACCAAAUCACUUUCGUCACUGCGUAUAUCGGCAUUCCUGUCUACCUCAUCCUCAUUUUUGGCCACAAGCUCUGGACCAAGAGCAAGGGUGUCAAGCCCCAUGAGAUGGACUUCUAUUCUGGCAAGGACAUCAUCGACCGUGAGGAGGCCGAGUUCCUUGCCCAGAAGGAGGCAAAGGCUGAGAAGAGCGCCGGAGGUUCCUUCUACAAGAAAUGGAUCUCGUGGCUGCUGUAA